AUGGUCGCCAAAGGUUCCGCCGGUCGCGUGCUCCUCGCUUACUCGGGUGGAUUGGGUGAGUAUCACCCUAUUCCAUGAUUUCAGAUUACUUCUUCCGUUCUGACCUACCGCCACCCCUCUGGCAGACACGUCCAUCAUCCUCGCUUGGCUCAUGUCAGUCGAUCACUCUUUCGCCGCUCCGCAAGGUCCAGCUGACACCGCUUCCCUCCCACAGUGAGCAAGGCUACGAUGUGGUCGCCUUCAUGGCCGAUGUCGGACAAGAGGAGGACUUUGAAGCUGCCGAGAAGAAGGCUUACAAGAUCGGCGCCGACAAGUUCGUUCUCGCCGUGAGUCAAAAGCCCUCUAGCGCCCCCCACCCCACCCAACCGUCGCGACAGGCUGCGUGAUUGCAUGCGCUGACACUUGAACCAAAACGCGUCUACUGUAUUAGGAUGUCAAGCGUGAAUUCGUCGAGCGCCUUGUCUUCCCUGCCGUUCAGGCCAACUGCAUUUACGAGGUAUGCAUUUGGGCCAAAGUCGGCGUUAUCGCGUUCCUUCCUAGCGCUGACCCGAGCGCCCCGGACUGGUUUCUACAGGGCGUUUACCUCCUCGGAACAUCUCUUGCCCGACCCGUCAUCGCGCGUGCCAUGAUGGACGUUGUAGUCGAGGAGAAGUGCGGGUCAGUCUUGUUCUCCUGCUCUAUCCUCCCACAGUCCGCCCUUAUCGUCCGCGCAGGCAGUUGACCCCAUCCCUAAAAUCCCCUUCAACUCCCCCUUAUUUUCCACACAGCUUCGUCGCUCACGGCUGCACUGGAAAGGGUAACGACCAAGUUCGUUUCGAACUCGCCUUCUACGCCUUGCAACCCACCAUUAAGGUCAUCGCUCCCUGGCGCGAUCCCGGUAGGUCACGGCUUGUCGUGAGGUCUAAGGUAUCGCGGAACGGUCAUGUAGACUGACCUAUAAAUUUCAGAGUUCUACAAUCGCUUCGCUGGUCGAGCGGCUUUGCUCGACUACGCCAAGGAGAAGGACAUCCCCGUCUUCCAAACCGCCGCCAAGCCUUGGUCGACCGGUGAGUGAACUACAGCCAAUUUCUUAACAUGAGCACUGAAUCCGAUUAUUUUUUCGGUCCCACAGACGAGAACCUGUUCCACAUCUCUUACGAAGCCGGUAUUCUCGAGGACCCCGACACCACCCCGCCCUCGGACAUGUGGAAGCUUAUCAAGUCGCUCCAGGACGCCCCCAAGGAACCCGAGCGCAUCUCCAUCACCUUCACCAAGGGCAUCCCCUCCUCGCUCUUGAUCCACCCUGCCGGCACCGAGGCCGUACCUUCGACCGAGGGCAAGGAGAUCACCGACUCGGUCGAGAUCUUCCUCACCCUUAACGCGCUCGCCCGCAAGCACGGUAUUGGACGCAUCGACAUCGUCGAGAACCGUUUUAUCGGUGUAAAGUCGCGUGGUUGCUACGAGUCGCCCGGUGCGACCAUCCUCCGCAAGGCCCACAUGGACCUCGAGGGUCUCGUCCUCGACCGCAACGUCCGUGCCUUACGCGACUCGUUCGUCACGGCCGAGUUGUCCAAAAUUCUCUACAAUGGCUACUGGUUUUCGCCCGAGCGCGAGUUCGUGCAGUCGUGCUUGGAGAAGUCGCAAGAAUCCGUCAACGGUCGAGUGCGCAUCUCCCUGAUCCAGGGCAAUGUCAUCGUCGAAGGUCGCAAGUCCGACACUGAGGCACUGUACGACGCCAAGCAAUCCUCCAUGGACGAGUUGGGCGGCUUCUCUCCCACCGACACCACCGGUUUCAUUGCGAUCGAGUCGAUCCGACUCAAGAAGUGGGGUGAGGCGCGCCUCGCGCACGGUGCGACCGUCAAACCCGAAUCCGUUUACGCCACGGCCAAGUAA